AUGUCCCUGCCGGUGGUGCUGCCGGGCUCCUGCUGCUCCGUCCCGCGGCUCGGCCCGCUACCCCAGGCAGCGGCGGCCACCACCGCCGGCACGGCGGCGUCGGCGGGCUCGCUGUCCGCCGCGGCCGCCGACCCCUCGCUGCCGCCCCUCCGCUCGCCGCAAGGCUGCGACCCGCUCCCCGCCGACGGCUCCGCCGCGCCGGCCCCGGCCCCCAGCUUGGUGCUGGCCCGACCGCUGCUGUCGCUGGGGCUGCUGCAGGUCGUCCUGGGCUGCUCUCUCGUGGCGCUGAACUUCGGGGCGCUGUCGCUGAGCAGCGCCUCGCCGGUGAAGAACUCCUAUCCCUUCUGGGCCGGCUCCUCGGUAAUCUUAUGUGGAAUCUUAGGCAUAAUGACAUGGAAGAGACCGAUGAUGCUUUUGGCUAACCUAUUUGUUCUGCUGUCUAUCAUCUGUGUUCUGCUGAACCUGGCUGGAUUUAUAUUAGGAUGUCAAGGCGUUCAGUUUGUGUCCGGUGUACCCAGAUGCGAUUUGGUGGAUAUGGGUGAAAACAAGAUUUGUUUCUGCUGUGAAGAAUUUCAUCUCGCUAAAUGCACAGAAGAAGAGGCUGCACUGACGCUAUACCACAUGAAGUCAUGUAGUGCUGGUCACCACCUUCUCAAGAAAGCUCUCUUUGCUCUUUGUGCCCUGAAUGCUCUCACCAUCACAGUUUGCAUGGUAGCAGCUGCCCUGCGUUACUUACGGAUUUUUGCAACAAGAAGAUCCUGCAUAGAUGAAUCUCAUAUUGAAGACCAAGAUCAAGUUUUGGAUCCUGAUGAUUUUGUCCCACCUGUGCCGCCUCCCUCCUAUUUUGCAACUCUUUAUUCUUGUGCUCCACAAAUGAGUUGCAGGAUGCUUUGCUCUGAUGUGAUUCCAUUACCUCAUAUUUACAGAGCGCGAAUCAAAGAUGUUGAAGUGUUCUGCCCUCUGGACCCACCUCCUCCUUACGAAGCUGUGCAGAGCCAGAACAGCUCUGAGCAGGAAGGUGCACUACAAAUAAGUGUCGUGGAACUUGUUGAUUCGGGGGAAGUGAGUGACAGGCAGGCCUCUCAAGGUGAAGAAAUUCCUGUGUCUUCCAGCAGAGUGAGCCUUUCACCUUCAAAUGCAAGCCUGGUGCCUGCAGAAGGAGCACGCAGGAGAGCCUUCAAUCCCUUGUGGAAACAGUCUAAAAGUGACCCUGUGCUGCACUGCUGGUUGCUUCAAGGGGCAGUGCUCAGCUGUGAAGCUGCAAAGCAGGCUGAAGUAAAACCACAACUCUGCACUGUGACCUUCCGGAAGAGUUUGAGAGCAAGAGCUUUGAGGGGAAGACCCCAAUCUUUGAUAGACUACAAGUCUUACACAGACACUAAACGGCUUGUGGCGUGGAUCCUAGAGCAGCCCUCCUGCAACAUGAGCCCUGACAUACAUGAAUUGGUGGAAAAUAUCAAGUCUGUUUUAAAAUCAGAUGAGAAACAUAUGGCAGAAGCUAUCACCAGUGCCACCUUCCUUGAGCAGGUGACAGCAUCUGCCCAGCAAGCCAUGUCAUCGAGUGCCCACAUGUUACCUUUAAGAUGGCAUUCUGGAUUGCUGCAUCUGGAGAGCUGUGGUGACCUGAGUACUUUUACCACAGAUGAAGAUCAGCUAGCAGAGAGGAAGAUCCAGAGAGCAGAGCAUGAACGGCCUCACAGUCUUAUUGGUGUUGUCAGGGAAACUGUACUUUGAGCUGGUUUCUGUUUAUUCCUCAUUAGAGCACUUCUGUUAGACAUACAUGCUGCACAGGAAAAUCAUCUCUGACAAGCGGGUGGAAGAGUGUGUUGAUAAUGCAUUUUUUUUUUUAUACCCUCAGGCUCCUAAGGGGAAGCUUGUUCUACAAAGCCUAUUAAGGAGAUUGCAAGCUGACCUUUAUUGGGCUCUCAGGUGCAACUAGUCCAUUUGUGAUAUGGUACUGUCCUGUUACAUCUCUCUUGUCUGUCACCACUUAGGAUGGAUUUGCUUUUUUUACUCAGCUUACAAGAGUGAUGGCAGAAUGGCUCUAUGCCUUGGUUUACCGGGGUGAGGCAAGGACAGUGAAUGUAUGUGUGCACUUUGUAUCUCAUUGGAGAACACGGCCAGUGUCAAUGCCUGUGUUCAUCUGGUGUGUGUUACUGUAGCUCCACUGAUAUUUUAAAAAAAAAC